AUGGCACGGCAGACAACCGAUCACUAUGAAGAAGAAAUUGGAGUUCCGAAUCGAUUUGUCUAUAGACACAUAGAUUCUGAAUCGAGUUUUACAGAGCCUGGGGCAGACACUCCUGGUCCUCCCCAUCAGCCUUCGGCCUUCGUUCCGGUCACCUACCAGCACCACAGCGAGAACACAAAUUCUAUGGUCGUAGUUGUGCCGAUAGCACGCCAAUCUAAUCUUGAAUCGAGUUCUCAAGAACGUGAGCAAAGACGAGACGCAUUUGGGAAUGUUUCACAUGGAAAUCGUCAUCGUGAUACGCCGCUCAGCGAGCUCAACGAUGAGCGACGGCUUAUGCCUCCCCCUCAGCCGGUAGACCCGAGGCCGGGCGAGUUGCCGAGCGGAGCUGAUUUUGGAAGAGCAUCCACGAUGACUGCCUCAACAAUUGGUUCUAUUGAGAGAGAGAUUCGCUCACCAACGGAGCCCAUUCCGAAUAUUCCUAUGACGCCGAGAUCUCCAAUUGUGCCGGUGACGAGUAUAGGACUCACGGAGCCCCAUACUGGCGAAGUGCGUUAUGCGCCUCCGUCUCAACCACCCAGGUCUGUCAGACGGCAAUUCGGUGAUCCGGGGCUAUCGGACUCGACACAACAUCAUCGAGCUCCCAUUUCGCACCCACGAGUCGAAGAAUACCAAACUGACAGAGAGCCGGAGUUCAGGUUGCCAAGACCGAAUCCUUCACCUCGCUCAAGCUAUCCCACCAACACUGGAGAGCUAAUGGAGGUUGACCGCCAGCCGAUACGUAGGCCUGCUCAAGUUCUUCAACCAACGCGCCCUAGAGCGGACCAUCGCCAGGUAGAGCCUGUGCGGGUAUUCAAUCCAACACCAUCUAUUCACCAACCAACGACUCCUGCUACAUCGCUACCAACUCCAGCAGCGAGUGCUUCCCUUCAUGCAAGUGGCACUCUACCAUUAACACGCCCCAUUCAUUCCAAUCCUGCUUACUCACACAACCCCCAAGCAUCGACUUUGCAAUAUAGUCCAAACCAAACUGGCUCUCGCGCUCCAACACUAUCAAGCAACCUUCCGUCAACACCACAACAAAAUCAAGCUGCUUUAGCUCAACCCUCGCAUAUCCAACCGUCACGCGAGACAAACGACCAGCUGGCAACGCCGACUGUGCUUCCCGCUAAUACAAGACCUCGACGUCAAGAACCACUAUAUCAGGAAUCUAACCUCUCUCAAGUCCAACCACCUCCGAUGCCAAGACCCGUUCAGCAGCCCCUGCAAAUGACUGCGAACUCAAACGCUCAGCAAUCCAGUCAGAUGAAUAACAACUCCUACCAAACUCAAAGUGGACAUGCCUCUACAGUACAUCUUUCUUCUCAACCUGUAAAUGUACCUGGGCCGACGACCUACGUUGAGCCAGCCCAUCAACAGUUUAUCCCGUCUGCCGCAAGCUUUUUACCAACAAACCAAACGCAUGGACCACUGCUUGCCGCCUCAACGACAACGAUUCCGUCUCGUAAUGUCCAGCUUUCGGGAAGCCUAAACUAUCAACCUCGAAUUACACAGCCCGCUGUCUCAUCUCAGAUCAUUCGUUCUGGACCUGUUGUCCAACCGCCCAGCGCCCUGCAUGCGCAUAACCAACAUCACAAUCAAAACUACCAAACUGGACAUCUUUCUCCAAUGGACUUUGAAGAAGCUCCUUACGGGCACAGUUCGCGUAUUCCAUCACGUGAUCAUCAUCAGAGACGUCCGCAUCACGCAUCACAACAUCAUAGACCUAUUUCACCUUACAGACGAAACAAUGACGACCACCACUAUCGUUCCUUAUCUCCUCAUGAAAGUUAUCCAAGUCGGAAUAGCAGGAGGGCGUUAGAUUUCUCCCGACAUCAUCAUGGUGAUCGUAGAGCUGACUGCAGAAGAGACCACUCGCCGUACGAUCGCGACGAUCGCGACUACUACUCCCCUCGGCAAUCACGAUCUCCGUUUCGCAGGGAUAGAAGAGACAGAGAUGAUGAUCGAGGUAGAAGGCGCAUUGAUUCUUAUGAUGACGACUCGCCGCAUCGCUCGAGCUCACGAGAAGCUCGUCAUCAAUCUAAUCCUCGCGAUAGGAGGAAAAGUGACCCGAAUUCAACGCGAAUGGAAACGAAUUCUAUGAACCAGCUAGUUCCGCAGACGAAUAAUCCGGGUCAUCUGGAUGAUCCAAGGCUUAAUCCCCGCGCUCACCUGUCCGCGCAAGAAAAUCAGACAAACAAUCAGCUCAUUCAACUCUCGUCCAUUUCCAAUACGAUCGGUCUUGGAAAUCUGCAGAACUCUUUGAACGCCAUGAUUGUGCCAAUGAUAAAAGAUCAGGGAAUUCAACAAGGCCAUCGAGAAAUGGCUCAAAAUUAUCAAAUGCAGAUGGAACUGAAAGAAUUGCGAUCUCAACAGGCGCAGGACGCCAGUAGAGAUCAACAACUCAAAGAAACGAUGGUAGAGAUGUUGGAAAACAAGUUUAAGGAACUAACAAAAUCACUCCCCGAGAAGAUCCGGGAGGCUUCCGGGGAACGUGAGCGAAGAAGUAGUGAACGAUGGCCGGAUCUAGUUAAAACGCCGGAAUCAAACUCAGCAUCAUCACAAUAUUCUGACGUUGAGCAAUCACCGUACAGAAAGCCGCGCUACAGAACUCAUCAUCCAUACAGGCGGCCUCACAGGAGUGGAGAAUAUGACUCACCUCAAGGUUCACCUGCGGAGUCCAUUUCAAACAGACGCCUGCAUCGAAAUAUAUCGGGUAAUUCGGGAGGGUUCAGCUCAGCCCAAUCAAGUCCAGUUGAUUCGGUGAUGGACGACUCGAAUUUCCAGGCAAACUCACUCUCACCGACGCAAUACUCUGAUCUAACAACAGAGGAAGUGUGCUCAAAACUCCAGGAGUGGCACAUGUCCGACGAGAUCAUCGAGAACUUUCGCAGGGAGAAGAUUAACGGUCGCCAUUUGAACUACUUGAACGAAUACAUGAUUCGCACAGGUCUAAUGACGCAAGAGGCGGAGAACGAGAACUUACGACAGAUACGACCGCUCGCCGAAAGACUCGGCCCCAGAAAAACUCUUUGGCGUGCAUUAAGAAUGCAUGUUACUCAGAAAUCUCUUCCGCUGAGUCCCUCGCUCCAGUCAUCGAAAGACUGCUGGAGGAAUAAAGAAUGGAUUACGCCGAUGGGAGAUGUUGGGCUUUGGUUGCGAACUAUUCAGCUGGGAGAGUUUACGCGUAACUUCGCGGACGAACAAGUAGAAGGCACCGCUGUGUACGAUAUCAACGAGCUGGAUCUGAUUCAUCUAGGACUAGAGAAGCUAGGCGACCGACUCACAUUCGUCAUUGAGCGUGAUAUGAUGACCUAA